AAUUUGAGAAGACGCAAGGCGCAUGCCGCUUCAUUGGUGCGUUACGACGCCAUCACUCCUUGGACAGUCGAAUGGUUCGUCCCUGUCGGAGAGGAUCGACGAUGACGCGUGCCAGUAGCUGCUCGGACUUGUUGGAAAAUGUGACCAGGAAGGAGGAAAAGUCCAUAGAAACCUCGAAAAAUGACGCAGAUUGUAGUCAGGCUGUAUUAAGGACUGCUCUGCGCUUGCCCGAUUGCCAUCGCGAUCACAUUACGAAUGCUCAUAUGAAGCGCAUGCAAAUAUUUGGAACACAAUCCAAUAAAAAUACUUCGGCAUACCAUCGCCUUAUGAAGGAACUGAAAGAAUUGAUGAAAAAUCCACCCGAAUAUUGCAGUGCGGCCCCAACGGAUUCGAAUUUCUUAUAUUGGCGUGCGACGAUUAUGGGACCACCAGGAAGUCCCUACGAGAACGGCAUAUUUCACUUGGAAAUGGAUUUUCCGGAUAAAUAUCCGUUUGCGCCGCCCACAGUGCGAUUCCUCACACGCAUUUAUCAUUGCAAUGUUGGCAAAAUGGGCAAUAUCUGCCUGGACAUACUCAACAGCAAGUGGACCCCUGCACUGUGCAUCGAAAAAAUAUUGCUUUCCAUUACUUCUCUAAUAGUUGACCCCAAUCCCUGUGAUCCAAUGCGAACUCAAAUGGCAGCCAUUUAUUUAAUAAACAGAGAGAGGCACGAUCGUACAGCCAGACUCUGGACAAGGCGUUACGCCAUGAGAAAAGAUGAUCAAAUCAAAGAGAAGAGUGAAAGUCAACAAAAUCAUAUUCCAAGUCCAAUGAGAGAGCUCUGGAACGCUUAAAAAACAAGCCAAGCACUUCCAGUCAGCGAUCAGUUUGAAGAAGAAUAGAGGGAUACGAGCAUGUAGGAUCUUAUUUUCUGAUUUUCAAAAUUGUUCGUUAUAUUAAUAGCAGCUAAAGCACAUUUUGUAGUUAAAGAGAAUCAAAUGCCUGUCUGCGUUUCCCACUCGAUCCCUGUAUGGAUAAACGUGCUCGAGAUUGCAAAGCAAAUAAUGACAAAACUAAUUAUCAAAUUGUUUUAUUGUUGUAGAAAUGGAAAAUGCUUAGCAUACGACCACUAAAGUCACUCAACAAUUAUGAUUAACCGCACAUAUAUAAAGAUCUAAUUAAGCAAAGUAUCCUGCUUAUUGUCUAAUUGUAAAUUGAGCUCAAAGUUAUAUGAAUGUAACAAUAUAUAUUAGUAUGUGUUUAAAAAAUA